AUGAAUGGAGUAGGUAUAUUAGUGGACGAAGAGCUUAGGGGGCAGGUAAUGCAAGUUAACAGGGUUAGUGAUAGGGUGAUUACUAUUAAGUUGGUCAUUGGGGGAUUUUCGUUGUGCAUCUGUAGUGCUUACGCGCCACAGGUGGGCCUAGACGAGGAGGAGAAGAAGAGAUUUUGGGAGGUUUUAGACGACGUGGUUCGAGGCAUGACUAUCUCGGAGAAGAUUUUCAUAGGAAGGGACUUUAAUGGGCACAUCGGGUCAGUGCCGUUAGUGUAUGAGGAUGUGCAUGGAGGCUAUGGUUUUGGGGUUAGGAAUGAUGAGGAAGCUGAUCUUUUGGAUUUUGCGAGGAUUGCAGUGGUUAAUGCAGUUCCAAAAGAGGUUAACUCUAUUAUUCCUAAUGGGGUUUCCCCCAAACUUAUCAUGGGAUGA